AUGGUUCAAAUUACUUUCGCCGUUGCUCUUACCUUCAUUGUUUCCGCCCUCGCUGUUACACCAAACAACGCAGGUGCACGCUCCGUCGGUCUCGGUGAUGGAUCCCAAUUCAUCACCGGUGGUUGUGUCUCAAACGCCGACUGCUCGUCCGCUUGCUGCGCAGGUAACCCAACGGUAGGCGUAUGCUCUGCUGAGGCUGCCUCCCUUCAGGCGGGAAAAACUGGCUGCGGAUUUCUCGAUCAAAAUAAAGCUGCUACCAUUGCUGCUGCAAAGGCUCAAGUUGCGAAGCAGGGAUUCAAGCGUGUUGUCAGGGCUGCUGAGAGUGCUUAG